UCGACAUGUCCACCAGUCUUGCCAAAUUCUACCAAUCAUCACUAACUUUCUGGAGCCAUCUGAUUCACCUACUGCUGCAGUUCAUUCAGGUCAACUGCUGGAACCACACACCCACAAGUCAGGAGGCGGAGGAAGUCACAAAGUCCUGCCCAAUUGCAAGGACCAUGGACGCGUUUGCGGAGGAGCAGCAAAAGAGGGUGCAAAGGAAGGCCCAGGAGUACGCCAAAGUGGAGCUACUGCAUCGCCUGCUCGUCCAGCAGCAACUGCAGGAACUGGAGCAGCGCCGACUCAUACGAUUGGCCCUGGCCCGAAGGCGACUGGACUACUCCAAUUAG